CCGGCAGCAAUCCCGCCUCAGUAUUGUGUUGAAAGCCGACGGGGGGGGGAGUGCGCGAAACCGCUCCGAUGCGAAUCCAUUUGACCUGUGUCCGUGACCUCGCGUGGUGUCCGUGGCGAUCCAUAGGUGCGUGCUAGUGACCUUGAGGUGCGGAGAGGAGCGAAGGGCGUGGUGGAUACGGAAUUAAGGAAAUACGGGCGAUAAAACACCACACACGUGCGAGGUGUUGCCCUUUAGGUAGUGAGGAGAGACAGGUACCAGCAGGAGCAGUAGUGGUAACAACAGCAGGAUGGAGAGCUUCAGCAAGAUCCUGCCAUACUCCUGCUAUGAGCUCGGCCACUGCUGGAAACACUCGUGCACCUCAGCCUCCUUUGAAAUCUGUAUCAUUGGGUUCAUUGAAAGCAUCAAAAUCUAUGGUGUGGUGUACUUGCUAACCGGUCUUGUGAAUGCUCGGAAAAUAAGUAUGAAGUAUGGAAAAAAGCUCUUGAAGAACUACUUAACAUCAGUUUGUUUCCUGACAGUCAAUGCUUUUGGGUACAUUGGCUCCUACUGUGUUGUCAGAAGGUGGAAUUUGAGUCGGCCAAGCUUCAGAAAUGCAGGAAGGAUUAGCGGUGAUGACUGCAGGCUGCCAUCGACCCGCAGGUCAUCACAGGAAUCAAAUGCAGCAUCAGUAUGGCUCACCAAACACUUCCCCUCACACUGGUGGUGUUGACCUGCCUUGUGAACACCUGCCCUCCUGUGUUCCUGCCCUUAAUAGCCCUCCAGGUGACAUCAGAAUGUGGAUGAGGGGACAAGAGAGCCAGUGUUCCAAGUACCACCACCAUCACCACUGCCACCACCACCACCACCACCAUCAGGAGCACAGAUUCACUGAAGUCUCUACCAAGAUUUCUUUGAGUUUUUUGAUAAAUUUAACUUCCAGGAGAGAGAGAGAUGCUGAUUGUUAAAGGCAGUGUGUGAAGCUUGCCCACUGUCUUUGUAUAUACAGAAGGUGGAAUUUGAGUCGGCCAAGCCUCAGAAAUGCAGGAAGGAUUAGCGGUGAUGACUGCAGGCUGCCAUUGACCUGCAGGUGUGAUGGUGCCCGACCAGCUGGUACACAUCAGUGAGAUGGUGGUGGUGCUGGAAAACAGCUGGUUUGCCAAGUGCAGCGUCAGGCAGGCCGCCCGCCCACACAGUCACCAGAAGGAUCACAGGAUUUGAUAUCAAAGCUGGUGCAGGAAAAGGAAGCAGAUCGUGACCUUGAGCAGCUCGGGAAGAUAAGCAGCGUCCUUAAGAGAACAGUUGCUGUCAUUAGCAGAGUUGGAACCAGUGUGUGUGAGACACACACCAGCAGUGGAAAGGUGGCUGAUGAGCACCUCAAGCACUCUGAAAAGGUGGAGCAACAACAAGAAACAGAAAAUUGCAUCCAUCAUUCUUUGCCUGAGGAGGGAAUUGAUGCUGUGUUGACCCUUGACAGUGACGUCCCUCAUGAGGAGAAUAUGAAUCCUACAGAACUUGCCCAUAGAAAGACCAAAACUGUUACUGCUGCCACUACCACCGCUUCCACUGCCACCAAAAGCCCAACUGUGCAAAGAAUCCUGGACCUCCUCAAUGAAAUGGAGUCCACCAGUCAGCUGGAGCACUCUAGCCUCCAAAAGUUCCAUCUGUGUCCAUUGUUUCCAGCGAGGAGUGAUGAAGCAGCAAGCUCGAGAACGCCAGUUAGAACUUGCCAGUCUCCGUCAUGAAUGAGAGGAAAUGAAGCAAAACCACUCUGCAAAUUAUCAUUCAAAAUGUCCUUCAAAGAAAGCCCUCUGUAAUCCAACACACUUAGCCCAUUAUUCCUUCCAUUUCUCAUCAAUUUGUUCAACAUUCAUAUUUUUCCCUUAUAGGGUUGAACAAUUUUCAUGGGUUCAGAGCAAAAGGCUUCCUCAUUCCUCCCCAAGGUAUUCUCGGAUGGUAAGCAGGUUUGACUCUGGAGCAAACCUGACCAAGGGCUACUGCCCAAGGCUACAGAGGUUCCUCUCCCUGAGGCUGAAUGCACCAUGUGAGAUGGUUCUGUUAUGUGGAUGAAUGUCAUGGUGGAUAGCAGUGCCACCACAUUCCUACAAUCAUCCAUCACUCCACUGCUCAAACGCUUCUGCAACCAAUGAUAGGUAUGCUGCCACAUUCUGCAUGGUCUCCUUGGCUCUCAGAUAAGGAUACUGUCAACAGGUUUGGGAUUGCCAAAAAAUCAUAAGGAGCUAUGUCUGAAAAGUCCAGAGAGAGAGAGAGAGAGAGAGAGAGAGAGAGAGAGAGAGAGAGAGAGAGAGAGAGAGAGAGAGAGAGAAUGAGCAAGAGAAAGAGUAGGAUGAAGCAAAGGAAGAGUCAAGAGGGAGGAAGAGAGAGUAGGACAAGAAAAAACAGAACAAAUAAAUCCCCUACACGUCUUGUCUCCAUUCACACAAGCCAUGAAAAGCUUGUCCAUCCCUGAGUGCUCAGAAGCAGUGUUCCACUGAUGAUGUGGAAACUUGAGACCCAAUCAUUUAAUGGGCUUUAGUAGGUUUUGUCACCAGUCUUCUGUGUCACUGACUACAUUUUGAAAUUUUUAUCUGUUCUAUUUAAUUUUGUGUGUAUGUACACAAUGUUUAUGGUCAAUAAACUAUUUAUAAAACUAUUUAUCUGUGUAAGAUAAAAGCAGUUAUUGUUAUUAUUAUUAUUAUUAUUAUUAUUAUUAUUAUUAUUAUUAUUAUUAUUAUUAUUACACAUUUUCCUCCUUGUAUUUAAAUAUUAUUAUUAUUAUUAUUAUUAUUAUUAUUAUUAUCAUGAAUUGUUCGUUUAUAAAUAAAUACUGUAACUGAU